GCGCUGAUGGCGGUGGCUGCCGUCGCCGGCCAAGGAGACCACGAGGAAGACCAUUUGCCAGAAGCACCCGAAGAGGCUUCUGACACUGGCACUCCUGAAGAGGGUCCAGAAACCCGCAGUGGCAAUUCAGGCACUCCUGCUGGCGGUGCAGCUGCUGAUACUGCGGCUGACGGUGACGAGAAUGACGCGCCCUCAACCAGAUUUGGUGCUGGGUUCCAUCAAGGAGGCCUUCAACCCGGCUUUGGGGUUCAACCGGGCUUCGUUGGUCAGCCUGGCUUUGUAGGUCAGCCUGGCUUUGUAGGUCAGCCUGUAGUAGGGGGUCAGUCUGGGUUUUCAGGUCAGCCUGUAGUAGGAGGUCAGUCUGCCAUUGGAGGGCAAGUUGCACUGGGAACUCAGCCAGGAUUUGGUGGCCAGAAUUUCGGUGGCCAGGCAGGAUUCCCCAGCCGACAGCCUGUGCCUCUCCCGAGUAACAGCUGCCGACAGUGGUGCCGCGGCAAAUAUCCCAGGCAAUUCUACUGCUGCGAAGACAACUCCAAGCCCAUCACCAUUCCCUUUGAGAAACCAGGGUCCUGCCCACCAACCCGCCCCGCCUGCCCAAGGUUCUACACACCUCCCCCAGUAGGACCACAGACGUGCGGGGACGACAGCAAGUGUCCCGGUUACGACAAGUGCUGCUUCGACAUCUGCCUUGAGGAACACGUCUGCAAACCAGCUGUCGUUUAAGCAUGGGAACCUGAGAAUGCAUGCAGCGUUAUAUGCAUUUUUGAGACAUUUUGAUUUUUUUAUGAUAUUGGAUUUUGUCUCUUUAGCUUAUGCGCAAUAUAUAUGGUGUCCGUGUGGCUUGCCUAUUAGCGAAUUAUAUACGAAUUAGGUUGGAUGUCCUGGCGGUAUUUGUUUUGUUUUGUUUUUGUUUUUUUCUUUAUGCAUAAUCAAUAAACAAUCGGCAAAUAA